AUGACUAAAGAAGAAGGAGGAAUAUUCUACAACUUAGAAAGUUUACUAAGACAAGACUAUCGUGGAGUUAAUAUAGCAGUUUAUGCUCUCGCUACUGCAGGGCUAGCUGUGUCUAUUUACAAAAUCCGUCCGGUAAGCAAAUUCUCAAAAGCUAGUAAAGUUCCUGAUCACUUCAUUAAGAAACAUGAACCUUUACAAGGAAUUUAUGUGGGUGUCCAGCAUUCUCCAGUGCGUCUUUUAAUAAACCAUAAAGCCCCAAUUUAUCUUCCACUGUGGCAUUCCAGUAAACCGCCACUGCCAGUCAAGCUAUGGGGAGUGGAUAUAGUGAGUGGAAAUGCUAUUAAUUGGCUGGAUUGUGUGGCUAAAGGGCAACAAGUAACACUUAAACCUAUUGCUAGAGACAAAGAAGAUCUUGUGUCCACAGUUUUAUUGCAUUUACCACAAAUGAAGACAAAAACAGUGGAGACAUUAGACAUUGGGAAAAAGUUGAUAGAGCUUGGCUUUGCGAAAGCAUCAGUUCCACAAGAUGUUAAGAAAAAGACAAUAGAGUCACAAUUAGCUCCUGCAUUGCUCACAGCAGAGUCCCAUGCUAAAUCUUAUCGUAAUGGAAUUUGGUCUGAAAAAUUGCCUCCCAUUCCUUUUUAUGUAAUUUAUUGGAGGAAAGGAACACAGCUCACAACCAAUAUUAUAAUUUUAUCCCUUAAAAAAUUAUUUCAACUAUUAGCUUUUGUUUCCAAAAGUGCCUUAGUUGGAGGAAAGUACUUGAUUCAGCGACCAUUUAGAACUUCUAAGUCAGUUCAAACUACA